AUGAUGACAGGAGCAAAAAGGAAGAGAAGUACACUUGGGAGGAAGGUCCAGGCUAUUCGCUUUGAAGAUAUCAAAGUCUGGUGUCUGAGAAGGCUGCCCAUCUUGAAAUGGGUGCCUGUCUACAAUUGGAAGGAAAACUUGAUUCCCGAUGUGGUUUCUGGGAUGAUGCUAGCCAUCCAACAGGUGACUCAAGGGCUGGCCUUUGCGGUUCUGUCUUCAGUCCAUCCAGUUUUUGGUUUAUAUGGCUCUUUCUUCCCUGUCAUUGUAUAUGCCAUAUUUGGAAUGGGACGUCAUGUUGUGACAGGAACUUUUGCUUUAACUUCCUUAAUAUCUGCCAACGCAGUUGAGCGUCUUGUUCCUUCAGUCAGCGCUAAUUUCACUACAAACAAUAACUCAGGAGUUUUGGGCCUAUCGGAGUUUGAAAUGCAGAGGAUUGGAGUUGCAGCAGCAGUUUCAUUUCUGGGAGGAAUCAUUCAGGUAGCAAUGUUUAUGCUGCAGUUGGGCAGUGCCACUUUCUUGUUAACAGAACCAGUGAUAAGUGCGAUGACAACAGGAGCAGCUACACAUGUUGUGACUUCACAAGUGAAGUAUCUGCUGGGAAUGAAAAUGCCGUAUAUAUCGGGACCACUGGGAUUUUUUCAUAUUUAUGCCUACAUAUUUGAGAAUAUUGGAUCAGUUCGGUUGGAGGCUUUACUUCUCUCCUUGCUGAGCAUUGUCAUGCUUGUUCUUGUUAAAGAACUGAAUGAGAAAUUUCAGAGAAACAUUAAAGUUGUUCUUCCCAUCGAUCUAGUUUUGAUAAUUGCUACAUCUGUUGCCUGCUACUAUGCUGACAUGGAAUACGUCUAUGGGCUAGAAGUUGUGGGACAUAUUCCUGAAGGGUUACCAUCACCGAAAACACCACCUAUGAAUGUCCUGCCUGAAGUAGUCACUGAAGCUUUUGGAGUAGCACUGGUUGGUUAUGUAGCGUCACUAGCUCUAGCCCAAAGCUCUGCUAAAAAGUUUAAAUACACUGUGGAUGACAACCAGGAGUUUUUGGCUCAUGGCCUCAGCAACGUGAUUCCUUCAUUUUUCUUUUGCAUACCAAGUGCAGCAGCGAUGGGACGGACGGCACUUUUAUACAGUACAGGCGCCAAAUCACAGGUGGCUUGCCUUAUCUCUUGUGUAUUAAUUCUUGUGGUGAUCUAUGCAAUUGGACCCAUGCUGUACUGGCUGCCUAUGUGUGUGCUAGCAAGCAUUAUUGUUGUGGGCUUGAAGGGGAUGUUAAUGCAGUUCCGUGACUUAAAAAAAUAUUGGAAUGUGGAUAAAAUAGACUGGAGCAUAUGGGUUAGCACCUACGUGUUUACAAUAUGCUUUGCUGCUAAUGUGGGACUGUUGUAUGGCGUUGCCUGCACUAUAGUAAUUGUGAUUUUCCGCUUUCCCAGAGCAAAGACACUGAAUUUGAAAAAUGUGAAAGAAGUGGAAUAUAAAUACAAAACAGAAGAUAAUUGUGAAUCAUUAAAACAGGUAAAAAUAGUUUCAAUCAACAAUCCGUUAGUCUUUCUGAAUGCCAGGAAAUUUCAUGCUGACCUGAUAAAGAUAAUCCAGAAGGAUAGCACGAGCAGCCAGUGUGAGCGGAACACAUUGCUCUCUUCAUUUUCCAAUGGAAGUUGUCAUGGCGAGUUGUUGCAGUCGUGUCACAGUGAGCGACGUGUUUUGAUAUUAGACUGCAGUGGACUGAAUUUCUUUGACUACACUGGAGUCUCAGUGCUGCUUCAGAUUUACAUGGACUGUAAAAACAGACACAUCGAUGUGUUGCUAGCACACUGCAAAGCUUCCUUGAUUAAAGCAAUGCAGUACGGUGGAAAUCUUGAAUCUGAAAAUCCUGUCUUCUUUGAAUCUAUUUCUUCAGCAAUCAAUGCCAUUCAAAUUCACAGGAAUUACAGCAAGUUCAGUGAACAGAGUGAAGUGUGA